CGCGCGUCAGUUUUCGGAGUCGGAGCCAUGGCGACGACAGCUCAGUAUAUCCCACGGAAUAAUUCGUUGCCUUCCAACCCUCUCAUGCACCCGGACUCGGACCGGAUGCACCAGGGCACGACCUAUCGAGAAGUGCAGAAGAUGAUGCACCACGAGUAUCUACAAGGGCUUGCGGCGUCCAACGCGGGCCACCCGAUGAGCCUGACGCACCACCAGUGGCUGCCCACAUCCGGGGCUGACUGGAGCAGCGGGACGCACCUCGGCCAGCAGCCUGAGCACAAGGCCAGCGUGCCUGCUAGCCGAGAAGAGCUGACUAGUGGGUACCACAGGUCGCAUUUGGUUCACCAAGCUGCACAGAACGGCCACCACGGCUCGUGGGCGCCGAGCAGCACCGGGCAUCACCUGUCUCCGCUGUCGCCCGCUUCCGGGGGCCACCAGUCACUGGUCUACUCUCAGACGGGCUAUGCUAUGUUGAGCCCGCAACCAUCGCUGCAUCAUGGCAUGCGCGAGCCGCUGCACGAUGAUGCCGGCGGUCAUGAACAUCAGCUCGAGUCACCGCAGCAGCCGUUCGGCCACCACCAGGACCAUUCAGACGAGGACGCGCCCAGCUCCGACGACCUUGAGCAGUUCGCCAAGCAGUUUAAGCAGCGGCGCAUCAAACUUGGCUUCACGCAAGCGGACGUGGGGCUGGCGCUCGGCACGCUGUACGGCAACGUGUUCUCUCAGACCACAAUCUGCAGGUUCGAGGCACUGCAGCUUAGUUUCAAGAACAUGUGCAAACUUAAGCCGCUCCUCAACAAAUGGCUAGAGGAGACAGACUCGAACACGGGAAGCCCGACAAACUUGGACAAGAUCGCGGCACAGGGCCGCAAGCGCAAGAAGAGGACCUCGAUCGAGGUCGGGGUGAAAGGGGCGCUGGAGAACCACUUCCUGAAGUGCCCAAAGCCCUCGGCGCACGAGAUCAGCACGUUGGCCGGCACGCUGCAGCUGGAGAAAGAGGUCGUGCGCGUGUGGUUUUGCAACAGAAGACAGAAAGAGAAAAGAAUGACCCCGGUGGGGGUCGCGCAUCCAAGUAUGGAGGACGUUUACUCACAGGCGGAGACCCCUCCGCUUCACCACACGCUACAAAGUCCCGUCCAGUGACUGUACUCCUGAGUAAAAGCUCUUAUUUCAACAGAAACAAAAAAGAACAUCGAUAGAGAAAAGGGGACUAGGGAUUUCACAGUAUUUAAUUUUUUGCAUUUGUUAUCCAGAGUGACAAUGCACGCAGCAAAGUUGGGUGAAAAAGAGUUUCUCGCCGCAGACCGGAGACUGUGGCGCAACAACAGUAGAUGGGACGCAAAUGAUAAGGGGAACAAAACGCAUGAAUGACUGCAGAGUCGAAUUGAUGUGCAUUUUAGAGAAAACCGUUUUCACUAAAAACGUAUUGAUUUGAAGGCGUUCUGGUGGAGAAAAUAAUAAUUCGAUUAUUUCAGCGCUGCUCAAAAGGAGCCAUAUGCCACAAAAGAGAUGUUUUUUUCUCAUUGCUGUCGCAGGCUUUAAUCUGAGGUGAUGGUGAUGGUGGUGGUUGUCUGAUCUGUUGUCAACAAAGGACACGUUUUCUACAUUCUAACAAUUAACAGAUUCACUGUUACCGUAUAGUUGUCAGAACAUUUUGUGAUGUUUACUUUAUUCGGGAUGUUUUAACCUUUUACGUUUCAGUGUUGUAUUUGUUUUCCUCUCUGACCAUUUUGGCCUUUUUGUGUAUUUUUCGAGUAACCACAACCCAAACAUUUUGACAAAGCCACUGAGCCAUAAUUUGGAGAUGUAUCUUGUUUACAAAUGUCCGUUAUAUGAGCAGAUACCUGAUUUCUUCUAAACUAUAAAAAAAAAAAAAGAUGGUACUGUCAAUUAGCCUACAUGGUUUAAAAACAAACCAAAUUGUCAUUUUCGCGGUUCACUUUUUUUCCACUCUUUUGUUAUAAGCACUUAUUCUUGCGUUCUCAUGCUCGCAUUUAUUUAUUAUUUUCAUGAUAACUAAACGAGACGUUUUCUUGUUUACAUUAUCCGUAACUCAUCCAGAGUUAUAAGAAUCGACAGUGUUUUUUCCGGCACAGGCUAAACCAGUUUUGGAAACUGAAAGGGCGAAAAUGGAAAUAAAAGUAGUAUCUCAGGUAAAUUUCAGCGCCCGUCUAUUCUGCUGUACUCCUUUCCUUAUGUCUUAUUACCAUCGGCCCAGUCUGGUCGUGCGCUCUGCUGUGCCCAAGUCCGUACACUGGCGUACUAACUAGUAUGUUAAAAUAGUAUACAACUAUUUGGACGUACUAUUUAGAACUCUAGUUUUUGGACAUAUCUGUGGUCGCUCGGAUUUAUUCCCUACCGGUCUGUUAACGAAUAGAGGAAGACUGAUUGUGCUGAUGAAAUUAUCCGAUGUGGGAUUAUUUAUUGUUUUCUGAAAGCAGGACAUAAAAAAGGGAUCCUGAAUAAGUCGUGCGUUUCGUGUCGUUUCUCAAGGCAUCUGUGAGUGAGCAGUUUGGAGCAGGUGUUCAUUUUAUUAUUAUUAUUAUUAUUAUUAUUAUUAUUAUUAUUAUUAUUAUUAUUAUUUUAUGAAGUUUUUUUUUUUUUGCAAUUCUGUUAUUUCAAAUCGUGUGGGAUAUACAACUUUUCCAAAAAACAACAAACAAAAAAAAAAGAAAAGAUUUUAAACAAAUAGCUGUCAUUAUUAUUUCCAAUAUGUAAAUAUGUCCAAUAUGUAAACAUAUGUAUUUGUUCUGAGUUUGUUUUGGAUCUUUUUUUUUUGUUGUUCUUUCCGGGCAGUUUUGUACACUUACUAAUUCCAAGAAGAUAUUUUAAUAUUUCGUUUAUGGAUUUGACCAUUUAUAUAUCUAUAUAUUUAUUUCUUAAAGUUGUUCGGAGCUUUCUGUUUGGCUCUGUUAAUUAUGUUGCAGUGAAUUACAAAUGUUUUUGUUUACUACAUUGGUUGUAUGUUGAUUGCGAAAUGUAGACUGCAAAGUCACGUUUAUAUUUAUGUUAUAGUAAUAUUUUAUUACUUACAUAAAACGUAUAUUCGAGAA